UUCAAAAUGGCUUCCAAAGAGGGACCGGUAUAUCAGAUUUUCUCAUUUCAGGACUGGAAAACGUCUCCUGACCCAAUUUUUGAUCUCCCCACACAGUGUCUGACCCCUACACCGGCUCCCAUAGUGAUAGAUAACGGCUCCUUCCAGACCCGGGCCGGCUGGGCAGCUCCGGGGUCCGAGCUCGACUCUCCACGGCUGCUCUUCAGGUCGGUGGCGGCGCGCAGCAGAGGCGCUGCCCGCAGCGAGACCCAGAUCGGCAACGACAUCCCCAACCUGGAGCCGCUUCGGUGGCUGCUGAAGAGCCAGUUCGACCGAAACGUGGUAGUCAACUUUGAGAUCCAGGAGCUGAUCUUCGACUAUGUGUUUACGCACCUGGGGAUCACCUCAGAGGGUAGUGUGGACCACCCCAUUGUGCUGACAGAGGCGCCCUGCAACCCACUGCAUUGCCGCCAGAUGAUGUCAGAGCUGCUUUUUGAGUGCUACAGUGUCCCAUACGUCUCCUAUGGUGUGGAUGCCCUGUACAGUUUCUACCACAAUAACAAUCAAAGGAAGCUCCAGCCACCACACACGGGCAUCGUUCUGUCCUCAGGUUACCACUGCUCGCACAUCCUGCCGGUUAUCAAUGGCAGGUUGGAUGCAGUGAAUUGUAAGCGUGUGAAUGUGGCUGGGAGCCAGGCAGCAUCCUACCUGCAGCGCCUCCUGCAGCUAAAGUACCCAGGUCACCUUGCUGCUGUCACGCUCAGCCGCAUGGAGGAACUGCUGCAUGACCACAGCUACACCGCCGUGGAUUAUCAUGAAGAGCUGGAAAAGUGGCGCAGCCCAGAGUUUUAUGAGCGGGAAGUUCACUGUAUGCAGCUUCCCUUUUCGGGUAAGGUGCCGGGCGGCUGUGUGAGUGUGGAGGAGAGGCAGGAGAGACGAGCUCAGCAGCUUCGACGACUUCAAGAGAUUAAUGCUCGCCGCCGAGAGGAGAAGCUGCAGCAGGACCAAGAGAGGCUGGACAGACUGAUGGCAGUACAGGAGCUGUUGGAGGACGGCCUGUUGGAUCACUUUCACAAGAGUCUGGUGGAGCUCAACAUGGACUCAGCCGAGGAGCUGCAGUCGUACAUCAACAAAUUGCAGCUUGCCGUUGAGCAGGGGAGACAGAAACUGCUGCACUGUGAUGGAGCCGAGGGAAAGGCGGAGGUGUCAGAGCAGGAGCAGCCGAUGGAUGAGGCAGAUGGAGUGGCACUGAUGGAUUCUGACUUCCCUGAGGACACGCUGCCAGAAAAACCUGCUAAUGUGGUUCAGCCUGUGUUCAACAUGGCAGAGUACCACCAGCUCUUUGUGGGGACGGAGCGUCUGCGAUGUCCAGAGAUUUUGUUCCAGCCCUCGCUGACUGGAGAGGACCAGAUGGGACUGAUGGAGACUCUGCAAUAUGUGUUGGCCAGGUACACUCCAGAGCAGCAGGAGGCGCUAGUGAGCAAUAUAUUUCUGACUGGAGGGAACAUGCGGUAUCCUGGGAUGAAAGAGAGGGUAGAGCGAGAACUGCUGGCCAUGAGGCCCUUUCAGUCACAUUUCAAGGUGACCAUGGCAUCCUCUCCGGCCCUGGAUGCCUGGUAUGGAGCACGAGACUGGGCGUUGGAGCACCCACCUGGAGGAGGGUCAGAGGGAUGGGUCAGCAAACAGGACUAUGAGGAGAAAGGAGGCGAGUAUCUGAGCGAGCACUGCGCUUCGAACGCUUUUGUUCCCAUGAAGAUCGCUAAGCCCGCUCGCCCCGCUGAGCCAUCGGUGACAAUACAAACAUCAACAGAAGCUUCUGCUGCUGUCACUAUGGUUACGUCAGACCCGACCCCCGCCUCCUCCUCUUCUAGUGCUGUUACCAUGGUUACCACGUGAACUUAACUCUGACCGUGCUUUUCAACAACCGCCAGAAAGCCGCCGUCAGCCUCGCUGAGGACUUCGCUCUUUUUCAGGGUCUGGAAAUAAACCUGAAAAUGAGGCUCAGAGAGGUGGAAAAUUUCCUGUCUAAACAAAACUCUGACUGAAGAAUAGUUAAUACUCAGAAAUCUUACACUGUUCCUGUGAGAGCACAAAGAGUGUUCGUAAUGAACAGUCAUCAAAUGAAUCUUGUUAAAGGCCAAGGCGAUUUUGUGUAUUAUUGUGUAAAUAGAAUUUUCUUUUUUGUGUUUUUUAAAAAAAAAAAAAAAUUUACUUCUUGGAAACAGUUGUCUUUCUUUUGACUGACAAAUCUGAUGUUUCUCGUCUUUGUUUCUUCUUUCUUUUCUUAAACUGAAAAUGACUGAACAGGGUUAAUCGAAUGCUCACACACAUUCCUUCAAACACGUCUAGUGUUAUGAAUGCAGAUUUCUUCUUUCAUAUAGGCUUUAAUUAUUUACCCCGUAGGUUUUUACCUGAGAAAGGCCCUUUGAAUGAGUUCUAAGUCACAGCUUACAGAGAAUGUGACCAACACUAUAACCCUGGGAGAUAUUCAAUCAGCAAAAGCAUCAGAGAGCAUAGGACUACAUUAUAUAAGUAUUUAAGAAAUCUCACGAAUGAUUGUUUCAAAACUACCAGAACUAAGUAAUAAAAUGUUUUUAGGAUAAAGGUAGACAGGCCCUUUGACCCUAGAACACAAAUGUGAUUUUUGUAACAGUAUCACUCUCACAUGAGAGAAAAUCACCUGACCUUAAUUUUCUGGGGUUAAGUGCGAAAAGAAAAAAGGUGUUGCAGUAUCCUGUUGUACCACUAGAUGGCACAGAUGAAUACAAAAUCCUCUGGCUUCAUUAUUAUGCACUUAAAUGCAGUAUUAAACUAACCU